AUUGUGUGCUAAAGCAGGAAGGAAUCGCUCGGAAUGAAGUUGUCCUUGUUGAAAAAUAAAUCCGAGUUUUUGAUUUUCUGGAAACGUUUUCGCUUGGCCCUGGGUGAUACAUUUCUGGAAUAUGCCAUGCGAACCAAAGUGAGCGGAAUUUGGCUAUUGAGGCCAACAAAGACCCAUGGAGUAACCAAAUACAUAUGGUCUUCGGUUUUGCUAAGUCUCUUCAGUUUGGCCGUUUAUCUUUCAUUGCAAUUAUGGUUGAAAUUCUAUUCUUAUCCAAUUCUAAAUACCAUUGCCAAUGAUGUGGCCAUUACGGAUGUACCAUUCCCCGGUGUAACUGUCUGCAGUCCCAAGGUUAUAAAUGUGGAUCGGGUUAAACGUUUUAUGAACAAACUCAACAUACCGCCCGGAUAUGAUUUGCAAAAAAUCGCCGAAGGUUUUGACUAUCUCAAUGCCUUUACCGAUCAAACAUGGCUACCAACUAACACCUCAUCGUUCAAUCAGACUUACCAAAUACUUUUGCUCAACAAUAUUACCACAUAUGAGGCGGCUGUUGCAGUUAGUGCCGGCUGUGAUGAUUUCGUCAGACGUUGCUUUUGGGGCAAUGAAGAGUUCAAUUGUCGCCAAAAGAAUGAGUAUCUCUCGUUUGUGCCAACCACUUCCUAUUUGGGUCCAUGUUGUUCAUUUAAUUUCCAUCCUCAAAAUGAAUCAUAUGUACCGUUUUCUUCCAACACCUUUGGCAUAGAUGGUGGCCUGAGUUUCAUUGGUGUGGAAGGUUCCGAGCACGACACCUCUACGGGUUUGAUAGUAUUGGUACAUCAUCCCAUGGAUUUUGCCACAGAGGCUGCUUCUUCGGUCACCAUAACAUCAAAUUCGGAAAGUUUUAUUGAAAUUUCUCCAACGGUGCAGGCCGCUUCGACUGAAGUCAUCGAGUUACCAGCUAAAAAACGUGAUUGUCUAACGUCGGAUGAAGUAUCCGGCAAUAUUUAUCGACAGGCGGCAUGUGUGCUGCAGUGUGAAAGUGAAACCAUCUUAGAGAAGUGCCACUGUAAUCCAUAUCAUCUGCCAAAGUUUUCACCAGACGUACGAAUGUGUUUGUUAAAUGAUUCUGAGUGUUAUUCGAGAAAUUUUGACAAUUUCAAAAGCGUUCGAUGUGAAAACUGUUUGCCCAAUUGUCAUGAUGUUACCUACAAUACCUUGGCGUAUAAAACGGACAUUUUGCUGCACAAUUAUUCGGUGAAUCAUUUUCACAAACGUUUAAACUAUUCCAAGGAUAUGUUUAUAGUACACCUGUUUUUGUCACGUCAAGUCGUGCCAUCGAUACACAAAGUCACUGUUAUGUCCUGGAUUGGUCUAUUGUCUGAUCUGGGUGGUGUUUUCAAUUUAUGCUUAGGUCUGAGCAUGAUUUCUGUUGUGGAAUUCGUCUACUAUUGUACCUAUCGUAUAAAAGUCAACUAUAAAAUGCGAAGUGUUAUAAUGCAAUCAUAAAUUUGUUUACUUGCAAUUAUGA